AUGGCAGUGGUCAUUGUCUACUGUUACACCAAUAAGCUGUGUAUCCCUGCUAUCGAGACUGUUUGGCCGGACUACUUUACUGUAGGAGCUCCGUCUGACGCCGAGAAGCCGACACUCGACACGAAAUGCAUGUUUCUCCUCGCCGAUCGACUGCUCCUAGUUGACUUGGCGAACAAGGCGGGCGUUGAGUUCUUGAACACGUUCAAAGUGAAGAUUUCGGUGUCUCAAGCUGGUUCUACAGGUCUGCUGCCAUUCUUGAGAGCAAGCUAUAAGAGGCUGCCAACUACCGAUCUGAUGCUCAAACCUUUGCUCACAGGCUGGCUCGUCAGUGAGGCAACCAUGUACUCACACUUCGGAAGGCAAUCUUGGUCCGACUUGGUCAAACUAUUGAUCGAGGAGGAUCCCACUACGUUCUUCGCUGCUAGAUUUGUCGGACAAAAGGCAAUAUACGAGAAAGACGACAAAAGUGUACUUGAGACGCUGCUUCCCAAGUUUCAGUAG